AUGUUGCUGUGCGUGUUCGAGGGAUCGGUGCUGAGAAAUGUACGACCUGGCCGCCUGCCCGUCCCGUUCCACCACGGGGUCUGGCCGCCGCUGACUUCCUGGCGGUCGCGCCCCAGCGCAGCGGCCGCGGAACGCCACGACCUCGGAGGCAGCUUCCUCGCCGCCCUCGACUCCGCGGCGCGGCGCGGGGCCCUGCCGGGCGCGCGCGGGGUGCCGCACGGCCGCGGCGGAGGCCGCCGCGAGGCGCGCGGCCGGGACGGGCCACAACGCGGCGGAGGAGUGUGGCGGCGUGCUCCCCGGGGCCUCGGCGAGGCCAGCGACGUGCGCUGCGUGAGGGGGCGCGGGGCGUCGAGAGCAUUCCGAGGGGGCUGCCCGGCGGGGCCGCGCGCGCCGGCGGCCCGCGGCGGCGCGGCCUAG